AUGGAACUGUUUGAUAAACUGGGACUUGUGAAUCUUUACCCCCAAAAAGUCAAAAUGACAGAUCUUUUGGUUGUAAACAGCUUGUCGGUAACGUCUAAUGAAGCUUCAACAGAAAAGCUUUGGCUUCAGUUCACUCACAAACUCAUGAUGUUUGACACCAGUGUGAGAAAUUUGUGCUAUAAACCUCCUCAGAAGGAAUAUUCUAUAACUGAUGUCAGCACAGAUGCAGAUAAAUUCUUUGAUUUUGGGGAUGAUAAUAAUGAUGACACUGUCAUUGAUGACAGUAAACACAUUCACCCCAUGGACAUUUACAUGUCAGUUUUUCACUGUUCUGAUGAUUUAGCACGACAGUGCAUUUUUACCAAACUCUCCACAUGCCAGUUUGCCCUACCUCUACUUGUGCCAGAUCCAUGUACAAGGGAGAUAGAAAUUCCUGUGUGGCCUCUUCAACAGAUCAAAAAGACGCUGAAAUUUAAGCAGAAGUCGGAUACAGGAGGCAGUGAGACAUAUAUGAAUUGUUUCAUAUGCAGUAAAAAAGUACCAACUGUGUCCUUCAUAAGACUAGGAACAUCCUCAAAUUCAAAGUCUCAAAUCGUGAAUAACAUCAUCAGUCGGAAGAGACAUCCAGCAUUUUUCAGCCGACACUGCAGUGGCAGUACAAGUAAAAGACUUCUGCUGGAGGGGGUGGCAGAGAUUUCCUGGUACUGUCCAGGUGGGAGGGACGAUGAUAUUUUUGAAGACUGUAUUGCAUUCAUCAACCUACAUGGUGAUGGAAACGAACAUCCCAAACAGCUACAUUUCAUUCAAGACAUCAGCUCCGUUGUUGUUCUUCUACUCUCGGAAAACCUAAAGCCUGAGACAAAAAAGGCAGCAGAGAGUUUACUGAAGUCUUCUGUUCCUGUGAUUCCAUUGUUCUCUGGAGUGGAGAAAAAGUCUGUCAAGAAAGGGGAUUCAAGAAUUGCUGCAAAGAACAGAAAUGAGGCUGAACUCUCAGAGGAAAUUAUCAACAGAGUGAAACAGUGUCUCUCAGAACAGAGGAAAAUAUUUAGUUUGGAUGAUCUCAUAUGCAGAGCCACAUAUAAUGGGUUCACUGCAGGCCCUGACUGCGGUAGAGUGGGCAGAGAAAAGGCUGAGAAGCUUAUGGAGAUAGUAAUGGGCAAAGAUCAAAAAAACAAUGAGGAUUUAUUUAAAUUGAAAGGGAAAUUUUUGCCUUUGCAAGGUGAACUGUGGAAAAACUGGUGCACAAAAGAUAAACAGUUCUACCGCUUACAGGGCAAAGAACACAUGAGUAUUGAGCAACAAAAGGCUGAAAUAGAGGCAGAGAAAGAGAGUUUGCGGAAGGAACAACAGAAAAUAGCAUCUUCCUCAAAUCCUUUCAUGAAGUAUUUCUUAAAAUGUAUGGUUGAUGGAGAGGAAAGUGGAAAGUUGUAUUUCUUACAUUGCUUUGGAAAAAGACUUGAAGGAGCUUUCUCUGGUGUACUAGCUGAUCUACAACAACAAUACCACAAAGAGUGGUAUAAAAACAGGCAAAGAGUGAGAAAUAAGGAAGAAAUUAAUAAUAGUGAUGCUGAUGUCCUUGAUAAUAUAUCCAAGAAAAUAGAACAAGCCACAUUUGGGUUCCAACAUAUUAUUCGUGAAAUUGGUCAAUUAUAUGAAGUUUUGCAUACUAGCAAAAAAGCUGAGUCUGUUCAUGGCAUCGAUACCGAUCGCCUUCCUAAAAUAGGAGCUCAGUUGAUGUUGUCUGGAUUUCCCUUAGAGGUAAUGGAUGGAGAUGUCAGCCAUGUUCCUUUAGAGUGGGUCAAAGCUGUGCUCAACAAACUGACUGAAGAACUGGGAGACAAAAGAGUAUUAGUGCUCUCUGUACUUGGACUCCAGAGUUCAGGGAAGUCCACGUUACUGAACACCAUGUUUGGUCUUCAGUUUGCUGUUAGCUCAGGGAGAUGUACAAGAGGCGCAUUUAUGCAGUUAAUCCCAGUUGAAGAACAUCUGAGGUGUCAGUUGUCAUUUGAUUACAUUCUGGUGAUGGAUACAGAGGGACUACGAUCAAUAGAAGCCACAUCUGACCUUGUGCUUAAUCGUGAUAAUGAACUAGCCACCUUCAUUGUUGGAAUCAGUGACAUAACACUCAUCAACAUCAUGGGAGAAAACCUCUAUGAAAUUCAGAACAUUCUCCAGAUUUGUUUCCAGGCAUUUUUGCGCAUGAAGUCUGUAAAUAUUAAGCCAAGUUGCGUUUUUGUGCACCAAAAUGUUUCAGAGACAACUGCAAAGGACAACAACCAAGAGGGGAGGAGACAAUUUAUUGAAAGACUUGAUGAGAUUUCCAAAUUGGCAGCAGAGGAGGAGAAUCAGGAAGUUGGUGGCUUCAAUGACAUCAUACAGUUUGAUCCAGACAGUCAGAUGUUUUACUUUAAGAAUUUGUUUGAGGGAGACCCUCCAAUGGCUCCACCCAACCCCUCCUACAGUCAGAAUGUUCAGGAACUGAAGACCAAGCUGCUGAGUGUGGCAAAAUGGCAGACCAACUGCAAGUUGCUCACACUAUCUGAAUUUACACAAAGAUUUACUGAUUUAUGGACAGCGCUACUCCAGGAGAAUUUUAUUUUCAAUUUCCGCAAUUCAUUGGAUGUAAGUGUUUAUAACAAACUGGAACAUCACUAUAUGCAGUGGUCAUGGACAUUGAGAAAGCAUGCACUAGAAACACAAAACACCUUGUGCUACAGAAUCAGCAAUAAGGAGGUACAAACUGUAGACGCGAUAGAGAUCGAGAAGAGCUUUGGGACUAUCUUUCAAGAGGUCAGACAAGAGGUGGAGAAAUAUUUCAAGGAGGAGAGACAUACUGACAUCCUGAGUCAGUGGAGAGGAAGCACUGAUCAAAGACUGGAGAAUCUGAAGAGAGAGCUCAUUGAGGAAACACGUUUGAAAGGACAGGGACUUUUGAGUAACAUCGAGUUUAAGCAAGAACUAGAGAGAAAGAAGACUCAGUAUGAGGCAGAUCUAUCUCAGAGAAGUAAGAGUUUAGCUUCCACACUGAAGGACAGGAAAGCUAGCGAUGAACUGCAAAGGGAUGAGUUCAACAAGCUGUGGAAUGAAUGGGAAAAUGAAGUGUCCAAAGAAAAACCCAAAGAUGAAGAAGUUAACAUUCAGGCAAUGAUCGAUAAUACCCUUCUGGCUCACUUCCAAAAAUAUGGAGAGACUUUGUUCGCGAAUAGACAUAUCAUAAAAUUUGAUGUAGCCAAAUAUGUUAAAGCAUCAUGUAGAGCAGAAAUUGCCAAAGCAGAUGUUAACAAGGAUGAGAAACAGGCUGUGGAGUCAGAAAGAAAUACAUUCAUACCAAGGGUCAGCGAAUUUAUUACCAAAAAGGUCAAAGCAAUUCGUCCCAAGAAUAAGGAAGACGCAUUGGAGGAGGAAGCUGAUGGCCUCAGCACCAUAUUAGUGGAAUUCGACGGAUUUUCUAAGGCUUCUUGUUGUAUCCUUCUCAUCACUCUUCCCACUGUCCUACAGGUUGCUGAGGUGUGGUUCUAG